UAUUAUUGUUGCUCAAAUGUCAUUAUCUGUUCUCUCUCUACAGUCUAAUAUGCAGAAAGCUUUUAAGAUUCUGGGUUGUUCAUCAGUGUUUGUUACUCAACGUUGGAAACCUCGUAGCAAUCAAGGGCUCUUCUCCUCAAUUUCAUUUGAAUCAUUCUCCCCAUACCCUUCUUUCUAACUGGUUCCCACCAUGGAUUCUUCUUCCUUCUCAGCUACUUCGGAUGACACCUCAUCAUCACAUCAUUCUCCUGGAAAUGUUCAAAACAUUAAGUUCUGUCAGUGGUGUGGUGGUUCAACAAAGCAUGAUAGACCUGAAGGAGAAGAAAGGUUGAGAGCUAUAUGCACAAGUUGUGGGAAAAUUGCCUAUCAGAAUCCAAAAAUGGUAGUUGGCUGCCUCAUUGAACAUGAUAACAAGGUCCUCCUUUGCAAGCGGAAGAUUGAGCCAUCUUAUGGCCUAUGGACACUUCCAGCUGGUUAUUUGGAAAUUGGAGAGUCAGCUAUGGAAGGUGCUAUCAGAGAAACAAGGGAGGAAGCCAAUGCUGAUGUGGAAGUAAUUUCUCCCUUUGCUCAAUUGGAUAUUCCUUUAAUUGGCCAAACUUAUAUAAUCUUCCUAGCAAAGCUGAAGAAGCCCCAUUUUUCACCUGGUCCAGAAUCAUUAGAAUGCCAGCUUUUUUCGCUAAAUGAAAUACCAUUUAAUUCUCUAUCUUUUUCAUCAAUGAUGGUUACUUUAAGUUUGUAUGUUGAGGAUAUUAAGGCAGGAAAGCCCAAAUUCCAUUAUGGCACUAUUAACAAAAGGCCUGGUACUAGUCCUUCUGAUACUCAUGCUUAUACAUUGGAUCAUCAUAUGCUAUCAUGACCCAUGACAAGCUGUACUCUGGAUAUCUGUAGAUUUAAGUAGAAGAAAUUUGUUGAGUGCUAUCAGCAUGUGCAAGAACUCAUACUACAGGACUUUGGCAUUAGAUUGUGGAAUCCAGUCAAUCUAUUUUAAAAACAUCAUCACUGAAAUAACAUGAAAGAUCUAAACAUCACUGGCUUAAAUUCACAAUUGUUGUAAUAUUGAUUGGCAAUUGGUUCAAUUCAAGAAAGACAUGUUACUUCUGUAAUUCAUGAUCACCAGCAACACCCACCCCCCUUCUCUUCUACUGGAUGUAUUAUAUCAGAUUGAUGGGCUUUUUCUCUCA